AUCCUUAACAUUACUCUUAUUUUUUAUUUGUGGAAGAGGAAACUAAGACCAAAAGUAGGGACGGAAAUCACAAAAUAAAACUCAGAUCUACAAGGUUUAGAGAGGGAUAGGGGCAUAUACUAUAUAUAUAUAAAUAUAAAAUAAAGUAAACGUUAAUGUUUGUUGAAACUGGAGACUGGAGACUGGGAAUGAAAACAAUGGGCAGGUGGGUUUCGGGAUGAGCUAAGCUAGCUAGCGUAGUGUUUGUGUUGUGUGACUUGUGAGCUUGGAUUGGGAUUGGAUUGGAGGAAGAGGAAGUAAGUAAUGGCGUCUGAAACGGCUUCGUCGGUGGACGAAGUAGCCGUUGCUUCAUCACCAGUAGCAGUAGGUGUAGGAGGAACUGAUAACAGAGGCAGGCAUCGGAUUCUUGCUGAACUCAAGCGCGUCGAGCAAGAUUCCAGAUUUUUAGAGGAAGAGUUAGAAGAGCUUCAAAGAACAGAAAAUGUCUCAACAUUAUGUGAGGAAUUGUUGCGCAAUAUUGAAGUCAUACCUGAUCCACUGCUCCCACUAACAAAUGGCCCCCUGAACCAGUUAUGGGACCGAUGGUUUGAAGGACCCCAGGAUUCACAAGGUUGCAGGUGCUGGAUUCUUUGAUUAAAAGCAAUCUAACAUUCAUUGCCAUUUGUUGCGAGAGGCUUCAAGAUGUGUACUUGAGAGAAUUGUUCAAAAGUUACUGCACAGUUCUUAUUUUAGCAAAUGUUUGAUCAAAAUUUUCACCACGUCUGAGAUUGAAAUUUGUAGGUUGAUCAUACUGCAUGUAUAAUUUACAAUUUAUUCAUAUAAAGUUUGUAAAUGAAAAGUACCUAGUCUUCAAA